UGACAGCGUGUAGCUCGCGUGUGUUUGUGUACAACCACAGACUGCUAUCAUACAGCAGCAGACUAUCUGCCAGAUAUUUUGGACAAUUUACUGACUUCAGAUGGGUGGGCAGGUAACCCGUACCACUUUACAAGCAAACACUUUUAUCUCACACUGAAUCAAACUGACACUUGUGCCAGCUACCGCCCAGAGCAGUGCAAGAGAAAAAAAUCCACAUAUAUAACAGAAUAUGACAUUAUUAUCAAGAGGUUGUCAACAUCUCUAACGCCCUUUUAAACUAGGAUAGAAAGGGUGUAUAGCAUUAUAAUAGGGAACCCUUCGCUGCCACCCUCUGAAGGAGAACAUGUAUCUAGAUCCACAAGCCCCCUUGCCGCUCUGUUUCCAUGCCAACACGAAAGGUUCUCAGAUUGUGAUGGACAAGACACAACGCAACGUGCGCCGAAUCGGCAGCUUCUGUAAUGCUAUCACGUUCACCAACCGGACAGUCAGAAUCUAUGAACAGGUUCGACUAAAGAUCACAAAAAAACAGGAUUGUUGGACUGGCGCCCUGCGACUGGGUUUCACUACGGUGGACCCAUCUGAUCUAAUUUCAGCGUGGCUUCCACGUUUUGCCUGCCCUGAUCUUGUUAGCGAGAGAGGGUUUUGGGCCCGAGCAUUGCCCGAGGAGCAGUGCAAAGAGGGAACAAUUCUGUCUUUCUGGCUGGACAAUAUGGGACGAGCGUUUUACCGCGUUAAUGACGAGGCUCCAAUCUUCUUCUUUAGCGGAGUACCGUCAGGGGAGCCAGUGUGGGCGAUCAUUGAUGUUUAUGGGUUGACAAGUGGAGUGCAGCUACUUGCACGUGUUUAUUUUCCAGACAGUAAGAUGGUCCCGGCUGAAUAUCUUAGUCUGAAUGGGAUAGACGACUGGCAUUUGUCGAACAGCUGUGACCUUGACCAUCAGGAACAUCUGCCAUCAACGUCUCCAAAUACCCUUAACACAGUGCUGUCACGUCAGUUCCACAAUGACUUCCAUUUCCACGGUGUCCAUGGCAAUGGUCUGCGUCUGCAAACCGAACACAUAGCAGUGCGUUGUUCCAACAGACGUGAGGACUGCGCUCUUGCGUUCUCCCAUCGGCCGUUGCGCUGCGGUGAAUGUGUGUUCAUAAAGAUCUCACUGACGUCUCCAAAAGUGACCUCUACUCUAAAGAGGUUUUUGUCUUACGGAUUUACUUCUUGUAACCCGGCCCACAUUAAUCCGAAGAUCUUGCCGGUCAAUCCUGAUGACCUGCUGGACCGCAAGGAAUUCUGGGCUUUCAGCUGCCUCGCUUCACCACUCGUGGAUGAGGAUAUAAUUGGUUUCCGAGCGACGGCAGAAGGGGAGGUGCUUGUGAGUCACAAUGGACGAAGAGCUUGCCGAGAGAUGUGCGUCGAUAAUUCCACUCCUCUGUGGAUGAUCUUCGAUUUACAAGCACAUAUUAAACAAAUCAGUAUAUUGGGUACUUCUUGCAGUUACUCUACAUCCUGUUCACAAAUUCAGAGGUCUCGCUUUAGUACCGCCAGUCAUCCCACAGCCAAUCAGAUUCACAGUACAGCACUUAGCGGACAGAUUGACAACUCUCUGCCCCGCCCACACAGCCUCAGCAGUUCUGCAGGGACAACAUCAAGCUUUCCUUCUUCUAAAUCUCUCAAUAUCCUGUCAUGCUCUGCAGUUACUUAUGAUGAAUGUUUGAUUUGCUGUGAGAGGACUGUGGACUCAGUGCUGUACGCGUGCGGACACAUGUGCAUGUGUUUUAAGUGUGGCGAGAGGUUAAGAGAGAUGUCAAAUCCAUCCUGCCCCAUGUGUCGCAGCCCAAUCAGAGACAUCAUCAAAAUAUACCGCAGCAUGUAACCUGUCAAGCGCCAUAUAUGCAAAUUGGAGUUUUUGGAUUGUUUGAAGCAGUCUCUUUGCACAUCAUGAUUUCCCACAGUUCCCUGUUUAAGAUGUAAAUGGAUGCUGGUGUAUUGAUUGGGUAAAAGGCUGUUGGUUUAAUGUCUGUAGAAAUGAGCCAUGCAACAUGCUCAUUGAAGAGCAAUUGGAAGAUGUGUAAGAAUACAUGGAAUCUUGUUGCAGGGGUCGGGUACGGCAUUCAAGGAGAUUUUUUCACUGGUGCAUUGCAAUGGAAAACAUCAGAUGUGAUGUUGAUGAAAAUCUUUUUUUGUUUGUAGCAACUGUGGUAACAUGUAAGAAGUGUGAAAUUUACAGUAAUUCAGAUUACAUACAAAAUAUUUGUACUGUGUAGUGAAUAAAAAUGUUCAUAUUCUU